UUCGCGAUGAAUAUUCUGCGGCUGUUGGUCGGCUUAGGGCUGGCAGCAGUGACGGUCAAUGCCGUAGCCCCGCGUCAUAAAAUUGUACUGAAAAGUUUGCAACGCGCCCAGCAUGAAUGCCGUCAGUACCUCCCGGAACCGGUCAGCGAGGAAGGAACCUGUGAAGCUUACUGCGAACAGUUGGUGCUACGCUCUUGGAGUACAGCAACAUCCGAGCUGCUGUACAUACCAUACGGGCGUCACUUCAAACCAGACUGUACCGAUCUGCACAAUUUGAAUCGAACCCUGGAUUGCCUCUGUACCCGACUAGCGAAGACUCCUGUCGAAAACGUUUGCUACUGGGCGUCCGCGCACUGGGAAUGUUACCGCGACCAGUUUGGCGCUUUAAUUGAUACGCCUCAAAUCGCCCCACAACCGGAGUUACUGAUCCGAGACACUAUUGAACAGUGCGCCCGGAUUCUGCAGGUGUCCGAUCGUGAGCUGCUGGUGUACGCUUCCCAUCGCUUCACACUGUCGAGUAAAUCUCGUGCCCUGCAGCGGUGCAUCCUAAUCCGGCAGGGGUUGUACACUGACGAAACCGGUCCAAAUCUGGAUCUGAUGUACGUGCAAGGUAACGGAUAUAACGUCGACGAAGUCGACUUCAUAAUCAAGGUGUCGAAGUGUGUAGAUAGAGUGCAGCUGAAGUGCUCCGACAACAGUACCAUGGUGACUCGAGUCACUAACAAAUGCUUUCCACCCGGAACGGGUCCAUUGGAUUACCUGCUGCCGGCAAUUUUGGCACCAAUUGCGAAAACAUCAAUCGAUACAGAACGCUUCGAAACCCGGGCGACACUUCGGAACCCGCUGGUUGAGCUGAUGGCUCCGCUGUUCGUUUCCUUGCCGUACGCGUUGAGUGCGAGAAGGCGUACUUCAAGGUGGAGCUUGGAACAGACUAAUGCCUAUACCUUCCUGUGAUAUCAGUGUGGCGUGGUGCCAGAUUUUGUUGUUAUAUAAAUAAGCGUUUGUUUUGUUUUGUGAUUGUUGAUGUUGAGUGUGAAAUAAAAUGGAUGUACGUUACAUAA